AUGUUUUCAUGGCUCCGGCCUAGUGGACGGAUUUCCUUCUUUCAUGCAAAGGAUAAUCGACUUCUUCUGACAAAGAAAUCCAAAUCCGAUACCAAGGAACAGACUACGCUGGCGGAUAUCUGCCGUGCUGCAACACCAGAAAAAUGCAAUCUUAACCCUUUUCUCUUUAAUGGUCAUCUCCAGACCGCCUGGACAGCGGUGAAAUCUUAUGAUAUCCCCGUCUACUACAAGCGGAAAAUGUUUGAGGCGGACAGUCCGGCAUACAGUGGACAUUUUGCGCUCGAUUUCGUGGUUCCGCCUUACGAGACUCCUAAUGAUGAUGAAGUGACCGAUAAAGCAAGGAAACAUACACAACCGUCAGGGCUCCCAGAAAGAACAUCAUUCUUCACCCAAGAUGAACUCACUGCUCUACCCUCGGACGAUACGAAGCCCAUGCUAGUGCUCCUGCACGGCUUGAGCGGUGGCUCUCAUGAAAUUUACCUGCGACAUGUAGUUGCGCCCCUCGUGGCAGACGGAACCUGGGAAGCAUGCGUUGUGAACUCCAGAGGUUGUGCCCAGACUAAGAUCAGUACCGGUGUGCUCUAUAAUGCUCGUGCCACGUGGGAUACGCGUCAGACAGUGAAGUGGUUGCGGAAGAAUUUCCCAAAUCGACCUCUCUUUGGAAUCGGAUUCUCCCUUGGAGCAAAUAUCCUAACCAAUUACCUGGGUGAAGAAGGUGAAGCAUGCCAAUUGAAAGCCGCAGUCCUCGUUGGAAGUCCUUGGAACCUGGAGAUCAGCUCUGUCGAAAUGCUACGGACUUGGAUGGGCCGAGAAGUAUAUAGCAAGACAAUGGGAAGGAGCAUGAAGAGGCUUUUUGAAAAUCACGUCGACGAAGUUUCAAAGAACCCACGGGUAGAUGUUAAGACCGUGAGGAGUAUUACAUACUUGCAUGAGUUUGACCGAGCUUUGCAGUGUGCAUGCUGGGGAUACCCGACAGAAGGCGCCUACUAUCGCGAUGCAUCUUCGACCGAUCCUAUGCUGGGCAUUAGGAUUCCUUUCUUCGUCGUGCAAUCCGAAGAUGACCCUAUUGUUUCGCCCAAGGCUGUUCCUUUCCAAGAAAUUACUCAGAAUCCUUACGGAGUGAUGAUGACCACAUCGUGGGGUGGUCACCUUGGCUGGUUUGAAUAUGGAGGAGGAAGAUGGUUUGUAAAGCCGGUUCUCAACUUUUUGAAUAAGAUGGCCAAGGAAGUCGAUAUCAAUGCGCCUGUCAUUGUUGAUCACCCGGAGAAGCUCCCCGGUAACAUUGCCAACCACUUUGGGCCCGGAAAAGAUUUCGAUACAGCGCCCAAACCCGAGUUCAACCCUGUGCGACGCAGGCUGGCCAUGCCAUGA